AUGAGUGACGACGGGUGGCCCAAAGGCCAAGAUUAUGAUGACGAUUCCAGCGGUGAAGACACACCAGAGAUCACGAGUAUCAAGAAAAGGAUUCAUCAAGCACUACGCUCAAUUGAUUCAAAGGGCGACUUUGCUUGUUUCCGUGGUCUAAAUGGGAUCCUUGACCCAAACCUCCAUAUCAAUGGCCUAGACCGGGCGGUGAAGCUGCCUCUGUCCCCCGACGAUGCCAACGCCAUUAUCGAUGUCUGUCACAGAAGUCCGUUCGGAAAGGGUGAAGAGACGCUAGUUGACACCUCUGUGCGGAAAUGCUGGGAGCUCAACACCACCGAGUUCGAUAUCAAGGCUCCCGGAUGGGCCAACUACAUGAAAAAGAUUAUCGCUGAUGUCGGCAAGGCGCUGGGUGUUGCCGAUAAGGUAGGCUCGAUCAGAGCAGACCCUUACAAGCUUCUUAUCUACGAAAAGGACGCAUUCUUCCUAUCCCAUCAGGACUCUCCAAAAGCAGAUGGGAUGUUUGCUACUUUGGUCGUCUGCUUGCCUACAGAACACGAAGGAGGUGAAAUUGUCCUCAACCAUCGGGGCAAGAGCAUGCAGUUCAAAACAUCCACCACAUCAAUGGCCGGAUUCUCAUAUGCUGCAUGGUAUUCGGAUGUCUUCCACGAGAUCAAACCCAUCACCAGUGGACAUCGUCUGGUCCUAACCUACAAUUUGAUUCUCGAAGGUACGGACAAUGUACCGUCGGCUCCUAGCUCAGAGUCUAGUGCAUUGAGAAAUGUGUUAAAAUUUUGGGAGCCCAGAGCCGAAGACGAAGGCCCGUAUUUGCUAUUGUACAAGCUUUCGCACAUGUACACAGACUCUAGCCUGAGUUUCCAGUCGAUGAAAGGCUCAGACCGCCCCCGUAUGGCUGAACUCCAGGCAGCCUGUGAGGAACUAGGCUUCAACCUUUACUUAGGAAAUGUAGAGCGAGAAGUUAGGGGCUCAUGCGAUGAUUACACAAAUUCUCAGGGCUAUUAUGAGAUUCAGGAUACCAUUGAUGAUAGCACCAUCAUGAAACCGGUAAUCGACUCGCAAGGAAAUCCCGUAUGCGGCGAGAUUCCUGUUAAGAAUUGGGAGUAUAUCCAAAUGAAUGUCCUACGUGGAAUCCCUACGGAUGAGGAUUACUCGGGGUAUACAGGAAACGAAGGCACAUCUGAGAAACUGGCAUCCUGGCUGAACAGGUUGUUGCUGCUAAUAAAGGACCCCGAAAAUACCGAAUCACGCGAGGAGUUCAACCGCCUUGUAGAGCUGGUUCUGGGACACAAUGAAGCUUACGAAAAAUACCAUGCAAUUUCGAGACCUGGCUGGCGCGUAAGCAGUACCUUCAGGUAUAAAUUCUCCGAUACUGUCCUUAGUAUCAUAGCCCAGGGACUCUACAUGAUCGGGAAUAAUGAAUUAUUCGAAAAAACGAUAAAGCUACAUGCAGCUUUUGUUUCUCCAGAGGUCUACCCAUGCAUUGCAGAGAACUUGGUCGGCCAGGAAUACGAAAUUGUGAAGAAAGCGCUUAAUUAUAUCUUCCUACAAGCUCGGGAUCACCCAGCGAAACAAGUCGUGGUGGCAACCGACCUUGUCUCAGCGUGCAUUGACAUUCCAGACGAGAGAAGGCCAGCCGAAUGGGUUGAUUUGCUAUGUUGGCGGGAGCAAAAACUUGCCGGGCUUCUACCAAGACUACGAAAUGCUAAACUAGGAACCUCAUAUAUAAACGGACAUCUCCGUAUGGAAGGGUUCCGUGCGUUCUACCGAAGAACUUUCGAAGAUCUAGUCAAAGACUUCAAUCUGGACCAAGGUCUCGAAGCAAAGCCCGUGAAUAGUUUUGGGCCGCUCCGGACAAGCAUACAAUAUAAAUCCUCGGCCCUCAAGGGUGAAGAUUUGAUCAGUAUUUACGAACAGUGUCUUGAUUUCGAUAUACCCCUGUCCAUUCUUCAUGCUGGCAUUAUUCGUGCCAUAAAACAGUCUCAGUCGCUUAAAAUGGCCUUCCCCAAUAUAAUUGUCCCUUUCCUUCGGGGUAUAGUGUCAGGUUUGCCGGGUCGAACUGGCCAUAAACAGGGAUCCGCGGAGUCGACUUUCGUUCUAAGGGCGAUCUUGGAAUACGUUUUAAGAUACGUCCGUCCGAGAAGUAACGCAGUGGCGAGCUGGAGACGCCCACCGGCGUCAAGCUGCAGAUGCAAUGACUGCACUGAGCUUAAUGCAUUCCUGGAAAGUCAUACGCAAGAAGUACUUGAGCUGCGGAUAAACUCGAGCCGUCGGUUUCAUAUACACCAGGCUCUUAACAAAGAUCGGACAAUUCGUCACGAAACUCGCCGCUCGGGUAAUCCAAAUACCUUGGUGAUUACCAAGCUCGAAAACCCAGCCACCAUGUGGAAGAGUAGGGCUGUUGAUGCUGUGAAGAAUAUAAACAGUAUUGUUUCUCCUACAGAGCUCGAAGAAUUCCUCGGGUCCGCCCCAUACAAGUCAUUAAUGGCUCUUGAUAUUGUUAUCAAAGAUCGCCCGAUAGAUGACUAUAUUGGGCACUCCAACUCUGAAGUCAGUGGGAGAAAACGCUCGGCGACUUCAGAUUUAAAUCCUGAAGGAGCUUCUAGUGUGGUACAUGACACUGAAGUGAUUGAUUUAACCUGA